CGAAAACUUCUAGACGUUUUUCAAGGCAAAGGGUGAGCCCCCAUGUAACGUUAUAUAAAUGCCCUUACACACACCAGGGAGUAUUUUAAGCCUGUUGUCGCCGUUGAGAAAGACGUGCUGAUGGCUUGCUUUGAUAGUAGUAAGGGGAGUUUGGAGGAGGACAGUUAUGAAGGUGGAGAGCUGUCCAACUGUGCCAUGGCAAUGAUGAAUGCUGAAAAGGAACAAGAAUCAAUGCUCAGCCCCUCAGAGAGCCCUGGCACCUUCAUCAGCAGCAACUCCAGCAGUCUUCAGGCUGCCGUCCCCCUUCAGGGCUACGAUGUGGAGUUCGACCCACCUCUAGAGAGUAAAUAUGAGUGCCCUAUCUGCCUCAUGGCUUUGAGGAAUGCCAUCCAAACACCCUGUGGUCACCGUUUCUGCAAGAACUGCAUUGAGAAGUCCAUUCGUGACACAGGACAGAAGUGCCCUGUGGACAAUGAAAUGCUGUCAGAAGACCAGCUGUUUCCUGAUAACUUUGCCAAACGGGAGAUUCUUUCAUUAACUGUUCGCUGUCCAAAUGCUGGCUGUGCUGAUAGAAUGGAACUCCGACAUUUAGAGAAACAUGUGGUGCAGUGUCAGUUUGCAACUGUGCCUUGCCCACUGUGCCAAAAGUCUGUGAGAAAAAUCUACCUAGAGGAGCACACAACGGAUGAGUGCCUAAGGAGACCUGUGUCGUGUUCAGACUGUGUGGCAUGCUUUGUAUUUGAGGAGAGAGAGCUUCAUGAGCUGCAGUGUCCCUUUGCCAAUGUCAAGUGCCAGUACUGUGAGAUGGACCUCAUCAGAGACCAGAUUGGGCCUCAUUGUGAUACAGAUUGCCCAAAAGCACCAAUUGCCUGUAACUUUAGCACCUUUGGAUGUAAGGAAAGGAUGCAGCGCCACAACUUGGCUCAGCACAUGCAGGAGUUCACACAGAUGCAUAUGCGCUACAUGGCGGAGUUCCUGCGUGGCCUUAGCCUUAAUGGCACCACCCCAAAAUCACUCUGGGCACUUGCACCAUCUGUUUCCUCUGAGGAUCCAGGAGCUGCAGCAUCAGUAUCCGCCUCUGGUGGUUCCAGAGGAACUGUAAGCUGCAACAGCAACUUUGCCCCUUCUCAGCCUAGUGAAGAGAUGCAAAGGCUCCGGGAGAUGGAUGGACGACUGGUGAAACAGGAUCACCAGCUACGUGAGCUCAUCAUCUUAAAAGAUACACGGUCGGGCCAGCUUGCAGAGCUCCAGCGUAGGGUGUCUAUGCUGGAGGACACGGUGAAGGAGCUGGAGGCUCAGCAGUGCCACGGUAUCUUCAUCUGGCGCCUCAAAAAUUUCUCUUCCCACCUGCGGAACCAAGAAGCAGGACAGCCAGUAGUUGAGCACAGCCCAGGCUUCUACACUGGUCGCCCAGGCUAUAAACUGUGCCUGCGCUUACACCUGCAGACCCCCAACGCCCCACGCUGCUCCAACUUCAUCUCCUUAUUUGUCCACACCAUGCAAGGAUCUUAUGAUGGGCUGCUAACCUGGCCGUUCCAGGGCACCAUCCGACUCGCCAUCCUAGACCAGGGCCCUGAUGGUCAGCACCACAUGGAGCUGAUGGAGACUAAGCCAGACCUGCAAGCCUUCCAGAAGCCCACCAUCCAGCGCAACCCUAAAGGAUUUGGCUACGUGACCUUUCUGCACCUGACACAGCUGAAUCAGAGAUCCUUUGUUAAAGACGACACUCUUCUUAUCCGCUGUGAAGUCUCGCCACGCUUCGACAAUGUGUUUCAUCGUGAGGGACCAACAGUGCAGCCUAGAGGGCCCGAGGCCUCAGUUUCAAGGGACUAAAAUCAAAAUGAUAUCUAUGGGAUCAUUUACUGUGUCUAUGCCAGUCAUGCUGUGAUUUCAGUACAGUGUUUCAAUACUGCUAGAUUGAUUUAAAUUGUUAGGCAUCGGGAGGAAAAAGUUGGUGCUCACACUCAUUUAACAUUUUGACAGUGCAAGCAUUGUUGUAUGCUAGUAUUUAUUUGUUCAUCAACUUUUGUCAAUGUGAUUUUUGUUUUUAUAGAUAAAUGCAAACAUUUCUGAUUUUGAAAUGAAAUGUGUCUUCACACCUGCAUGGUACAAACUUUCAGCAAGCCCCAUACGUUCAAAUGAUUUAAAUAGUCAAUAAUGUAUAAUCAGCUGAAAAUACCAGUUUAAGAUGUC